UUUGUUUGAUGUCCAAAUAUCUAAGAUUUACCGUUUUGUAAACUACGCGCUUUGUUCGAAAGCACCCAUUGAAGCUAGCGGACGCGUCAUCAACGUGCGACGUCUCUUGUAAACUACUUUCUGUAUUUUAUCGUGUCAACUGUAGCUUGAAGAAUGGAUAAAACAUCGGACGCUGACAACCUGGAAGUGCGUCUCCAGGCGCUGGAGAGUCAGAUAUACGGCGAGAGACGAAACAAAAGUGGAAAACCCGUCAAGUGCGCGGAGUCUCUGGCCAGGAUCCAGGCUGGUUUGACCAAUACGGCCAACAAGCGGGAACGAGUGAAGAUCCUGCACAAGAAGAUUGAGGACCUGCUGAAGUACCUGGACCCCCAGUUCACCGACCACAUCACUGUACCGGAUGCAAUGAAGCUGGAGUUCAUCCUUGCGGAAGAGGACUUCCUGCUUUCCCAGGCUGCUUUGCUGGAGCAGGUCAGCAACAUGCAGCCGCUGCUCGACAGCACCUACAUCAGAGAUGUACCAGAACACGCCACUAAGCUCCAGCGCCUGUCACAGAUCCACAUCAAAGAGCAGGACCAAACUGAAGCUCAGGCCCUGGAGGUGAAGAAGCUUUUUGAGGAAUACAACAAAAUGAUGUUCCUGCUGUCUAAGCAGUUCACCCAGUGGGACGAGACCCUGAGGAAGGUGGAGGAGACCAAGGGCGUUCGGCCUGUGGAGUAGCUGCUGUCAUCACACUCACACACUUCUGAUGAGGAUGUCGAAGACGAAGAGGACUCGACUGCGCUUGGAGCUUUAGGCGUAUUCAGCUAUUCUUUUCUUCCAAUAACUCAGAACCGAAGUGAGGGGAGAAAAAGGAUAACAUUUCACUUAUUUAUAUCAUGUCAGCCGGUGAGGAUAUCCUUAGUUUCCGAGAAUUCUCCAACCCAGACUAGUUAUCUCGCUUAAGGGGAAAUUAAAAUCCUCGCCAGGGUCGGGGGAACGUACUCCGGUCACGUGACGAGCCAUCCAUUUUCAGACAACGGAGCAUUUUGUGCUCGCGUAUUGACUCAACUUAUGACUCAUUCCAACGCUGCUUCCCUCAUACAAGCCAGUCACAUGACGGCUGUUUCACCUCCACACACACACACACACACACAUCAACUUCAUAUGUCCUGUCUGGAUGCCUCCUGGCAUUGUAAAAACUGAAAAUAGCUCUUUUUUUUCUUUCAAAUGUUCUGGUUCUAAAUUGUUCUCAAUCACAAUAAAUAUCAAUAAUAUUA